AGAGAUAUAAAGAAAUUUCAAUUAAAGCUAUAAAAAUUAUUAGCUAUUUUAAUACAUCUACUUACUUUUUAGGGCAACUUCGUAAUCAGCAAAUGCAUCUUUAUAACGGAAAAGCUUAUGCUUUAACAUCACCUUGUAUUACAAGAUGGAAUAGUUUCUAUAAUAGCUUUCAUA